AUGCAGCCCCUCUACGGUUCUCACCCGCAUACCCCGCGUACGCCUGGCACGCCCAACACGCCCAACUCGGCCACGAACGUGCCUCCGUACCAGCAGACGUCGCAGCCUACUCAGCGACCUGGCGUCUACUCGAUGGCCCAGAAUCCUUAUCCUCCUAACCAGGGAUACGGCACAUCUGCGCCAAUGAUGCCUCAGACUACCACAGCCGCGUCUCACCCGCAGCCCAUCGCCCCGGCCCCCGCGGCUGGACGUGCACCUCCAGUUCUUCGUCCUAUGCCUCCUGGAGGUAUCAUGGCCCAGCCUGGUGUCUCCUCUCCCUACGGGCCGGGAUCGCUUAUGCAACCCAAUCCCGUUAUGCACGAGGGAGAACAGCCGACUCAUGUUGUCGGAUCUCAGGGCCGCCGUGGAAUCCUGCCCAGUGCGCCGGGCCGUCCUACCGCCCUAACUGCUGGAACUGGUGCGAAGAGCAACGUUAUUCCUGUCAAAGACGCGGAUGGCAAGUUCCCUUGUCCUCAUUGCACCAAGACAUACCUCCACGCGAAGCAUUUGAAGCGCCACCUCCUUCGCCAUACUGGCGAUCGCCCGUACAUGUGUGUGCUUUGCCGUGAUACGUUUUCUCGAAGUGACAUUUUGAAGCGCCACUUCCAAAAGUGCUCCAUUCGCCGUGGAAACCCCACAGGAGCCAGCCACCUGUCCCACCCGCAGGCACACGUUAAGAAGAAUGCUCAGGCUCAGAAGGCUGCUGGCCUUGGCGCCGAGGGCGAUUUGAACCACAUCAAUGGUUUGAAUAACAUGCCCGCUGAUGGCAUGGUUCAUCCCUUCGGCAUGGUUCCCGUAUCUGACGGUAUGAACAACAUGGCUGGUGACCAGAGUCAUCUGUCUCGUUCCAGCAGCGCCAACCAGGACCGGAAUAACAUGGCCCCCAGCAUGGGAGCCCCCCAGCCCUAUGGUGCUAAUGUCUCUAACUCCAUGAACAACCAGCAGAUGCCUAGCUACAGCAUGCCCCCGGGUCAGAACGGAAUGCCCAUGUAUGGUGGAUCUAACGGGAACCAACAAUCUGGCCUCGAUUGGUCUCAGAUGUUCCAGGCUGGUGCGCAUCAAUCCCUCAACAACAAUAUCUUUCAUCCUCCUAAUCGUGGACAGACGCAGAUCGCACCCAAAACCGGGCCUAAUCACGAUUCGGGGGCGACGGAUUGCAGCUCCAGCGAUCCCGUCCGCUACUCUAUGUGGGGCAUACCGACGAAUAUUCAAACCCCUUAUUCUCAACUCUCUAACCAAAUAUUGAACUUCCUUUACCCUCCGAAUGAGGCCAUUGACCCAACCCUCACGGGCAUGAACCUCUACUUCUCACCUGAUAAUACUAAAGAUUUCGUCGACCAGUACACGCACUUCCACGAGCAUGUUCCUAUACUCCAUCCCGCUACCUUUCGAGUGAUGGAGGCACAUCCUGGACUGGCGGCAUGCAUGUGCUGUAUUGGCGCGUGUUACUCAAACCGGGUUGUGCUCUCAGACGUACAGGAAAUGAUGCGCGCGCUGUGGACUGCCAUGGAGCGUGACUGUCGAACUUUGUCGCCGGAGACCCUGCACGAUACAGACCUGGCGGAAGUCAACAAGUCUUCUAUUGAAGAGCUUCAAGCCGUGCUACUGACUAGUGUGCUUCAUUUUGGCAGCGGGACGUCGCAACAGAGGCAUCGAGCUCUAAAAAUCUCCCCCUUGAUCGCUGCGCAGGCUCGUCGUCUGGGUUUGCUAGGCGUCUCUGGUGAUCCGUCGGUUUACUCUGCGCUUCAUCAUCCCCAAGUUGAUGAUGAUCUGUAUCACUUGAACGCUGAUGAAUUUGACUGGCUAGCCUGGACUGAACAAGAGCGGCGCGUUCGACUCAUGCAUGCUAUCUUUGCGCAAGAUGCUUUCCUGGCACUUUUCUUCAACAUCCCUGCCCAGUUCGAUCCGGCCGAGGUUCAUCUGCCUCUACCUUGUGACGAUGCAGCGUGGACCGCUUCUGGCGCCGCCGAUUGUGCCUCGGCUCUAGGCCUGAGUGGAGAGGAGUUGGCUCAGAAAGUCAACUCACAUGGGAAUCGUCGAGCUGCGCAGCCAGAGUUGCGCUUGGCUCGUCAGGUUCUGCUCGAUAGUGGCUGGCAAAUCAAGUCUGGAUGUACGAAUCAUCUCGGCAAGACAGUAUUGGGAACAAUUAUGAUUGCUACAAUCCGGCUUUCGCAGAAGGUUGGCAGUCUGAACUACCCUCGUACUGGGGAUGUGCCUCCUUCUCUUGGCUGGAUAGUGCCAUACGAAGGGUCAUCUCAGUCAAAAAACUCCACAGCAUCCGAUGAAGUACACCACGACAUGGAUCCUGGCACGUUCGCCGUGCUCUUUUCUGCGCUAGAUAAGCUACAGAAAAUUUGGGAUGAUGAUUUGUCAGUUCAGGAAGCAGCCCGCCAAACCAGCACCACGGUGUCUCACCAAGGCACGCUCCUGCUGUCAAUAGCUCGGCAUAUCUUACGGAACCCUAGUUUUGCCAGUCUGGAGGCGGAAAAUGAAGACCAGUAUGUGGCAUCGUACAAAGCAUUGAAGCGUAUCAGCGCGUUCCUAUCAGCAAAGCAAGCCGACCCGGAGAAGUCGGACGUCGUACAGGAAGCCACGACACCCGGCGAAAAAGAAUACAUUUUGAACUUGGCACGAAUAUUCCGACCCUUACCCGUCCCCUGA